UUAAAGACAUCGUCAAUAUGUCGGAAAUUGAAAUUAAGGACUAUGUAAGCUAGCUAUUUGUGCAAGUCGUGGUAAGCUCUUUAUUGAAUUAGGCCUCAUAUGAAAACAGGAAAACAAGUCGCACAAAGGAUAGCUUUUUUAACGUUAUUGGAAUGCAAAAAGUCUGGUAAAAUUGCCUAGAGUAAUAUCCAGUAAACGUACUGUAAAUAUAAUUUAAAAAAACUACAUUGACAACUGACAUUUUUCAACCAGUAUUAGACCUGAUAAUUGGUUACAUGAGAACUACGACGUAUUUAUUACCUAGAUUAAAUCCAGAUGAAAGGGUCGUUUCCAUUAAGACUGAGUGGUAGUUGGUAAUCAGGUACACGUGGCUCAGGUAGCAUAGACAAGGUCCAGUGAUGAUAAAAACAUGUUACCACACUUCAUGUGUCAAGCAAGCACGUGACCACCGAACUCGCACGUGCCGGGUGACUGCGACAGCUAACGACAUGAAGUCAAUCACACGUAAUAUAUGAUAGAGCUGCACGAACGACUCGGGGAACAUUUAGAAACAUUGAACGUGCAUGCUGUGCCUUUAAUGGAGAAAAGACAAGGUGCCGACCGACAGCAGACGACAGCACCAGUCCUGUGAUUGCUCCCUGGCCCGGCAGAUGUUCUCACAAAGGCGGGCCUACGCCGGCGCAGGCUAUUAUAAAGUUAGACAGCUGGUCUGUUACAAAAUUUCCUCACCCGAACGUUUAAACCACACAAAGACUCCCGUAAUUCAGCCAAAUUUUUCCCGGUUAAGCUUUGCUCCCUUCACUCACGUUCCGGUUCAUCUGGCAAACGUCUGCGGAGACCUGACCACAAUGUUCCCGUCUUGACCAUUGUCUAGCGAUGGUGUCACUCGUGUCCGUGAUGUUUGUUGGUCAGUGAUCUAAAAUCCUAGUUAAUCUGGAGAUAUGGAUUUGGGAUGAUGUGUUACAAUACUGUUAUCAGUCGACUAGUUGUAUCAGUGUUGUUCCUUGUACACUCAAGUCACUGUCAAGGUGGACGUAUUUUCGAAUGUACGGACCAAAAUGUUAACGGCAGUAGGAAAACAUUGCACGUGCAGUGUUCAGGUAACAAGGUGAUUCGGAUUAAUGAGGCGAUAUACGGUCUAAAUAAGCUCAAGUACUGUAUGUACACCGUCGGGGACUGUAUAGAGAACAUCGACUUGGACGACGAAUGCUGUGGACGCCAGCAGUGUGACGUCACCAUAUGGAGGGUCUUCUCUGCCAAGUGUGGAUACUACGUCUCAUUCUUCAGGCUAAUAUACGACUGUAUACCAGCUUAUAAAUCGGACUGUGUCGUGUACGUCGACCCCGACGAUCCUAGUACAGAUCGUCUCACCACAGAGACAUUACCGAACACUACGUCAACCAACAUGAUUCCGCCUGUAACAGAGUAUAAGGAUCCUUCCCGACCCAAGAAAGAAGUGACACUCCCAGAAAAUGAAGACAAAGAAGAUCUCACCAUUAUACUCGGAUCAGCUGCUCUCGUGGCAUUACUGCUCGCAGCCAUCUUGACUGUCGUCUUCAUGCUGAGAAGAUACCAAUGGCAAAGUGAAAAACAGUGUUUCUUGUCUAUGUUCGUUGGAAUGUGCACACGACAUCCUCCAGACGGGUGCGAGGACCCGGAUGGUAAUGUACAACAGAGUUCACAUCAGGGUCACGCUGGGCCCGUAUUUCCAGCUACUAUUGACAGAGAAGCGAACAACAACCAGGACAACGAGGGAGUUCCACAAACAGUAUUAACCGUAGAAAGUGACGCGUCUGAUGACAAUCAAAAUAAUGAAAAUGCACCGGAAGUGACGCAAGAUUACACACCGCAAAGCAAACGGAAACGGAAACGAAACGAACCAAGCCCAGACAUAAAAAUAGGUCAGGAUUCAAAGCUCAGAGAAUCACCUAUACUAGAGGAAGAUAUGUCCUUGUACAACCGAAACAUAAUUUUCAGUAAUAAGACUUUUGAUAAACAGGUCGCUGUAAAUGACAAUGAUGAUAUGCAACAUCUCCCACAUGCUAUCAUUCAGUCCAAAAAUAACCAUCCUCCAUCCUCCCGUGUUCUUACAGAGGAAACGGGAACAACUGCAGUGUAGGCGAAUCAUUAAUACUGUGUCCCUUUGUCUGUCUGUGGAGUAAAAGGGUUAUAGUAUAUCCUAUUCUAACUGUAAAUAACAGGUUAUGCUUAGAGUCCUUGAAACAUAACAUCCUAUUUAGUGACUUAAUUAAGUAUAUAUAUCUCUAAAUAGAGUUUACCUUUCGUAAACGUUACCUUCUGUACCAUUAGAUUACCAAUACAUUAAGAUUGAAUGCAGAAAUUAAGUUGAAAUGUAGACAAUAUUUCAUACAUAAAUACUAGCUUUUAAUUUUUAAUUUUUACUGAAAAUCUCGUUAUUUUUGAAAAGAGUACUUCCAUGAUCGUAAAUCAAAUUAUUCAUUUGCGAAAUAUAAACCAAGAAAAGCAACAAUAAUAAGUUAUGCUUUGAUUGCAAUAUACAUGAAAUUUCAUUCUUCAGUUCUUUGCGAAAUAUAGAUAAGUUCAUCAUAAUUGUUUUCUUCAUUUAUUUAACGAACCUCUUCUAUUAAUAUUCAAUUAUUGCAUAAUAUUCCUUUCAUUUAUAGAAGCAGUACGUAGUAUUCUAAUCCAUUAUCAUGUUCAUUGUGCAUACACCUGACCCUAUGCAAUCAUUUACUAUUCAUUGUAUAUAGUUUCAUCCUCUCAGUAUUUUUUUAACACCUUGUAUAUAAUAAUAUCAUAUUCAAUAAACACACUAAACAUGUAGACUUAUAGUAGGAUUCAUCCUUUGUUAUUCCAUUGCCAUACUCAUUAUGUAUAAAUCCAAACAACUCAUACGAUGCAGUAUACUCAUUUUCAUUGUGAAUAGGCCAAACCAAUAUGAUCAAAUACUUGAUAGAAAGGACUGCCCUUGUAUAUAGUCAUCGUUCCGUGCAGUAUGCCUCUAUUAUACUUGUACAUUUAUUUUCAGUGCCCGUUCAACAUAUCCGUAUCGUCACUAAGUACGAAUCUCUCUCAUAAAGUCUUCAUCAUGUUCAAUUUAUAUAUAUAUAUAUAUACAUAUGGGUCAAA